AUGACUCCCCGUGCUCAACGAGAGCAGCGAAAGAGAUGGCGAGCAAAUAAAGACAAGCAUUUGAACAGAAAACAAGAAGAAAAACAAAUUCAAGAAGUUGUAUUACAAAAUAGUAUUAGUAGUAAAGAAGAAGCUACUGGAAAAGAAGACGCUACUGGCUCAGCUGAUCCUAUUUCUCUUAAUUCAGAUUUAAUAGAAGAUAUAAAGACUACCGAUAUUGAUCAUAAAGGCAAUCAAAUGAAGCAAAAACAAAUAUGGUACAAACUAAAGAAGUUAGAGAUGCCUUCAGCCCUGAUCGAAAAACUGAAUCGGUCCAAAAAUUCAUGCCACAUUGUGGCAACAUAUUAG